GCCAUGGAGGUGGAGUCUACGGAGGCCCGGUCAUCCUCCACCCUCGGCUACAAGCGAUCCGGCCGUCGCUACAAGUGCCUGUCCUGUACUAAGACAUUUCCAAAUGCGCCCAGGGCAGCGCGUCAUGCUGCCACCCAUGGUCCUGUAGACUACACAGAGGAGGUGGCGGAAACGAAGCUGAAGCCGGAGACAGAACCCAAAGCAGAGGAUGCCAGUGGGGACAAGGUGUCAAGUGCAUCGGCAAAGCCUCGGCCUUAUGCAUGCCCGCUGUGCCCCAAGGCCUAUAAAACGGCACCUGAGCUGCGCAGUCACGGUCGCAGCCACACUGGUGAAAAGCCCUUCCCUUGCCCCGAGUGUGGCCGCCGCUUUAUGCAGCCAGUGUGCCUGCGUGUGCACCUGGCCUCACAUGCUGGCGAGCUGCCCUUCCGCUGUGCUCACUGCCCCAAGGCCUAUGGCGCGCUCUCCAAGCUCAAGAUUCACCAGCGUGGUCACACGGGCGAGCGGCCCUAUGCUUGCUCCGAUUGCGGCAAGAGCUUCGCCGACCCUUCCGUGUUCCGCAAGCACCGGCGCACCCACGCGGGCCUACGGCCCUACGGCUGCGAGCGCUGCGGCAAGGCCUACGCUGAGCUCAAGGACCUACGCAACCAUGAGCGGUCCCACACCGGUGAGCGCCCCUUCCUCUGUUCGGAGUGUGGGAAGAGCUUCUCCCGCUCGUCCUCUCUCACGUGCCACCAGCGGAUCCAUGCGGCACAGAAGCCCUAUCGCUGCCCAGCCUGUGGCAAGGGCUUCACGCAGCUCAGCUCCUACCAGAGCCAUGAGCGCACUCACUCGGGCGAGAAGCCCUUCCUGUGCCCGCGUUGUGGCCGCAUGUUCUCCGACCCCUCAAGCUUCCGGCGCCACCAGCGGGCCCACGAGGGGGUUAAGCCUUAUCGCUGCGAGAAGUGCGGCAAAGACUUUCGGCAGCCCGCAGACCUGGCCAUGCACAGGCGGGUGCACACAGGCGACCGGCCGUUCAAGUGCCUGCAGUGUGACAAGACGUUCGUGGCGUCUUGGGACCUCAAGCGCCAUGCGUUGGUCCACUCAGGCCAACGGCCUUUUCGCUGUGAGGAGUGUGGGCGAGCCUUCGCCGAGCGAGCCAGCCUUACUAAGCACAGCCGGGUGCACUCAGGUGAGCGCCCCUUCCACUGUAACGCCUGUGGAAAAUCCUUCGUGGUAUCGUCCAGCCUGAGGAAGCAUGAGCGGACCCAUCGGAGUAGUGAGGCCGCAGGGGCUCCCCCUCAACAGGAGCUGGUAGUAGGGCUGGCACUGCCUGUCAGUGUGGCAGGCGAGGGCUCAACGGCCCCGGCAGCAGGUGCAGGGCUAGGGGACCCUCCAGCAGGGCUGCUAGGGCUGCCCCCCGAAUCAGGUGGUGUGAUGGCCACCCAGUGGCAAGUGGUAGGCAUGACGGUGGAACAUGUGGAGUGCCAAGAUGCUGGGGUUGGGGAGGCUCCUGGUCCCUUGGCAGGGGCGGGCGAGGUGGGAGGUGAGGAAGUUGACGAGAAGCCACCGCAGUUUGUGUGCCGGGAGUGUAAGGAGACGUUCUCCACGCUGACGCUGCUGCGACGGCAUGAGCGCUCACACCCAGAGCUCCGGCCCUUUCCCUGCACCCAGUGUGGCAAGAGCUUCUCUGACCGGGCUGGGCUGCGCAAACACAGCCGCACCCACAGCUCUGUGCGCCCCUACACCUGCCCCCACUGCCCCAAGGCCUUCUUGAGUGCGAGCGACCUGCGCAAGCAUGAGCGUACCCACCCCGUUCCCAUCGGGACCCCCACGCCCCUCGAGCCCCUUGUGGCUUUACUAGGAAUGCCUGAAGAGGGACCAGCGUGA